AUGAUGUUGAUGAACACUUUGAGAUUUUUAACAAAAACUGCCACAAACGGCCUUAGUAGAUCUUCUUUCCACACCACAACUGUGUGUGCUGCUGCUGGUAAUGGUUUCACCCAAGUUACACAAUGUGAUGGUGUCCGUGAAAUAUGUCUGAACGAACCAAAGACACGUAAUUCCCUAUCAAUGGACAUGAUGAAUGCCAUUCUGGAGGAUUUAACCGCCGAAUGGCAAAAUAAAGAUUUACGUGCCAUUGUAUUAACGGCAAAAGGUCCAGUGUGGUCCGCGGGUCAUAAUCUCAAAGAAUUGCUACCCGAGAAAGGUGGUGUCGAAUAUCAAACACAAAUUUUCAAUAAAUUAAGUGAAAUCAUAAUGAAUAUUUAUAAGGCACCAGUUCCGGUUAUAGCCAAAGUUAACGGUUUGGCAGCAGCGGCUGGUUGUCAAUUGGUUGCCUCCUGUGAUUUGAUUGUUGCUUCGGAAAAUAGUAAAUUUUCAACACCUGGUGCUAAUUUUGGUGUAUUUUGUUCUACACCGGGUAUAGCUAUAUCACGUGUUAUGCCCAGGACACAGGCGGCAUAUAUGGUAAUGACGGGCUUACCUUUGACAGCUCAGGAAGCGUAUACAGCAGGCCUGGUAAGUCGUGUCGUCCCCGAAAAAGAUUUGGAUAAAGAAGUUGACCAUAUUACGGAUGCCAUUAAACAUAAAAGCCGUUCGGUUAUUGCUUUGGGCAAGGACUUCUUCUAUAAACAAUUAAAUGUACCAAUUGAAGAGGCCUACAAGCUUGGUGCUGAGAAAAUGACGGAAAAUCUUGCCCUCGGCGAUUCUCAAGAAGGCCUUAAAAGUUUUGUGGAAAAACGUAAACCCCAAUGGAAACAUGAAUAAGAAAUCGCUC